CUUUUAAUUCUAUUUUUCCAUGAACAUUUUCAAGUAUCCCUGUGCAUGUCAGUCUUUUGUUUGGCAACAAAAGAACUGAGUUUCUUUGUCAUAUUUGAUCAAAACCUCGCAUUUAGAAGAAACAAUAAUGGAAGUUAAGAGACCUUGACUUUAAGGCUAAAGUAGACCUUCUUGAAAUAAAAUAGAAAUCAAGGAAAAAUGUCAUUAGAAUCAGGACUGUUCUUGGAGUUGAUAACUAGGGAAUACUAUAUAUACUGCGAGCAAAUUCUGUUAGAAAUCUCAGUGUAUGUUUUUACUAUUUUGGGAGCAAUGUGCUCUGAUGUAGUUGAUUCUGUUUUAAGAUUUAACUGCCUUAAGAAGUUUGAUCACAUUUUUCUAGAAUAAAAAAAAAAAUCGAAGUUUCUACCGUUGAAGUCAAAAUCAGAAGAAAGACUUUUCUUUUGACAUUUUUUUCCUCUUGAAUCUAAGUUUAUUUUUGGACCUCAGUGGUGCGUGAGGCUUUAGGCAUAUUUAACGCAAUAAAGCAUGUGCCUUUGAUUCUUAGAAACCCUGACUUCGCAAGUGCUUGCUAUGCAGUGUGAAAUUACAAUGCUGUAUGUUCUAUAACCACUACCCAGCAUGGACAGCAAUAUCCGUCAUUCUGUAACUUCCUGUUAAUUUAGUAUGAAUCAGUCACCCUCAUACAGUGAGGGAGAGAGAGGUCUCAGGGUUUGUGUUUGUGCUGUGUUGCUUUGGGCAGCAACUACAAAAGUAAAGCCGAAGCCUCGGUUGACACUGAGCGUGGGUUGUAUUUUCUCACAGCAAACCAGUGUCUCUUUAACAUAUGGGGAGUGGUUUCGAGUUCAUUACUGAAGCUUAUAGGCUAAAGUGCUUUGUGGGUUUGGCUGUGACUUCAGUUGCCGGUAGGGAGUGGACCAAAACUGGUGUCUGGGAACAGGGCGCCUGUCUCUGUUCUUGUGGCUUCUCAGGGCAGUUCACUUUCCCCACUUUGGCCAUCAGCUGCUUUGGAGACAGUUCCUGGUCACGGUUCUUCCUUUCAAGUACCAUGGAGUGGCCACUUUCAGUGGGGCGCCAGCCCCUCUGCUUUUACUGUGUUUGCUGAUAACAUGUCACUGAAAAACCAGCCCCGGGUGAACACCUCUGCGCUGCGGAAAAUCGCUGCCGACAUGAGCAAUCUGAUAGAGAACCUCGACUCGCGGGAGCUCCACUUCGAGGGAGAGGAGGUGGAAUGCGACCUGUCUCCCAGCGAUCCCAAGGCACAGGAAGGGAUGAUCCCUUUCUCUGCGAUAUAUAACACUCAAGGAUUUAAGGAGCCUAACAUCCAGACGUAUCUCUCUGGCUGUCCCGUCAAAGCGCAAGUUCUGGAAGUGGAGCGCUUCACCUCUACCUCGAAGGUGCCAAGUAUCAAUCUCUACACCAUCGAAUUGACACAUGGGGAAUUUAAAUGGCAGGUUAAGAGGAAGUUCAAGCACUUCCAAGAGUUUCACAGAGAGUUGGUCAAGUACAAAGCCUUCAUCCGAAUCCCCAUUCCCACCAAAAGGCACACAUUUAGAAGACAGAACGUCAAAGGAGAGGAGCCUCGGAAUAUGCCCAGUUUGCCCCGGACAUCUGAAGACAUGAGAGAAGAGCAGUUCUUCGGUAGGAGGAAACAACUAGAAGAUUACUUGACAAAGAUACUGAAAAUGCCCAUGUAUAAGAAUUAUCAUGCAACAACAGAAUUCCUUGAUAUAAGCCAGCUGUCUUUCAUCCAUGACUUGGGACCAAAGGGCAUAGAAGGUAUGAUAAUGAAAAGAUCUGGAGGACACAGAAUCCCAGGUUUGAACUGCUGUGGUCAUGGAAGAGCCUGCUACCGUUGGUCCAAAAGGUGGUUAAUCGUGAAAGAUUCCUUCUUAAUGUAUAUGAAACCCGACAGCGGGGCGAUUGCCUUUGUGCUGCUGGUUGAUAAAGAAUUCAGAAUUAAGGUGGGCAGAAAAGAGACCGAAACAAAAUAUGGACUCCGGAUUGAUAAUCUUUCAAGGACCCUUAUUUUGAAAUGCAACAGCUACAGACAUGCCCGGUGGUGGGGAGGGGCAAUAGAAGAGUUCAUCCAGAAACAUGGCACCAACUAUCUCAAGGAUCAUCGAUUUGGAUCUUACGCUGCUAUCCAAGAUAACACGUUAGCUAAAUGGUAUGUUAAUGCCAAAGGAUAUUUUGAAGAUGUGGCAAAUGCAAUGGAAGAGGCAAAGGAAGAGAUUUUUAUCACGGAUUGGUGGUUGAGUCCAGAAAUCUUCCUGAAACGCCCCGUAGUGGAAGGAAAUCGGUGGAGGCUGGACUGUGUUCUGAAACGAAAAGCACAACAAGGAGUGAGGAUCUUCAUCAUGCUCUACAAAGAAGUCGAACUUGCUCUUGGAAUCAACAGUGAAUACAGUAAGAGGACAUUAAUGCGUCUACACCCCAAUAUCAAGGUUAUGCGGCAUCCAGAUCACGUGUCAUCCAGUGUCUAUCUGUGGGCUCAUCAUGAGAAACUCGUCAUCAUUGACCAGUCGGUGGCCUUCGUGGGUGGGAUUGAUCUGGCCUACGGAAGGUGGGAUGACAAUGAACAUAGACUCACAGACGUGGGCAGCGUUAAGCGUGUUAUUUCAGGACCAUCUCUGGGGUCCCUCACGGCUGCCACCCUAGGAUCUAUGGAGUCCUUAACCCUCAAAGAUAAAAAUCAAUCCAACAAGAAUAUGCCACCCAGGAAGAGUUUGGAUGAUGUGGAUUCAAAACUGAAAGGAGUCGGCAAGCCAAGAAGGUUCUCCAAGUUCAGCCUGUAUAGGCAGCUAUACAAACAUCAGCUGCACAGCUCCGACAGCCUCAGCAGUAUUGAGAGUACCUCCAGUUAUUUUAAUCACUAUAGAAGCCAUCAGAAUUUAAUCCAUGGUAUAAAACCCCACGUGAAACUCUUUGGCCUGCCCAGUGAGUCUGAGCAGGGACUCACUAGAGCUGAUGCUGACACUGGCUCCAUCCGCAGUUUACAGACUGGUGUGGGUGAGCUGCAUGGGGAAACGAGGUUCUGGCAUGGGAAGGACUACUGCAACUUUGUCUUCAAAGACUGGGUCCAACUCGAUAAACCUUUUGCUGACUUCAUUGACAGGUACUCCAUGCCCCGGAUGCCCUGGCACGACAUUGCCUCUGUGGUCCAUGGGAAGGCAGCUCGCGACGUCGCGCGGCACUUCAUCCAGCGGUGGAACUUUACAAAGAUUAUGAAACCAAAAUAUCGGUCACUUUCCUAUCCUUUCCUGCUGCCCAAGUCUCAGACGACAGCGCAUGAGUUGAAAUACCAAGUUCCUGGGGCUGUAAAAGCGAAGGUACAGUUGCUGCGGUCUGCUGCUGACUGGUCUGCUGGAAUCAAGUACCAUGAAGAGUCCAUCCACACCGCUUAUGUCAAUGUGAUAGAGAACAGCAAGCACUAUAUCUAUAUUGAGAACCAGUUUUUCAUAAGCUGUGCUGAUGACAAAGUUGUGUUCAACAAGGUGGGCGAUGCCAUUGCCCAGCGGAUCCUGAAAGCACACAGGGAGAACCAGAGAUACCGGGUGUAUGUCGUGAUCCCGCUCCUGCCAGGAUUUGAAGGAGACAUCUCCACUGGUGGAGGGAAUGCUCUGCAGGCAAUAAUGCACUUCAACUACAGAACCAUGUGCAGAGGAGAAAAUUCAAUCCUUGGACAAUUAAAAGCAGAACUUGGUAACCAGUGGAUAAACUACAUAUCAUUCUGCGGCCUUAGAACACAUGCUGAGCUAGAAGGAAACCUGGUCACUGAACUGAUUUAUGUCCACAGCAAGUUGUUAAUUGCUGAUGAUAACACUGUUAUUAUUGGCUCAGCCAACAUAAAUGACCGAAGCAUGCUGGGGAAGCGGGACAGUGAAAUGGCUGUCAUCGUCCAGGACACCGAGACGAUGCCUUCUGUCAUGGAUGGGGAAGAGUACCAGGCCGGCUGCUUUGCACUUGGCCUUCGGCUGCAAUGCUUCAGGCUUGUCCUGGGCUAUCUCUCCGAUCCUUCAGAGGACAUCCAGGAUCCAGUGAGUGACAGAUUCUUCAAGGAGGUGUGGGUCUCAACAGCAGCACGGAAUGCUACAAUUUAUGAUAAGGUGUUCCGGUGCCUUCCCAAUGAUGAAGUACACAACUUAAUUCAGCUGAGAGACUUCAUAACCAAGCCUAUAUUAGCAAAAGAAGAUCCCAUUAGAGCUGAAGAAGAACUGAAAAAGAUCCGUGGCUUCCUGGUACAAUUCCCCUUUUAUUUCCUGUCUGAAGAAAGUCUAUUGCCUUCUGUUGGAACCAAAGAAGCCAUCGUGCCUAUGGAGGUUUGGACUUAAGAACAGUACCCAUUUACAGCUUAAGGGCUUCACCCUGAAGAUCACACUGUGGACAGUACCUUCCUGUGGACCUCACAGCCGAAGCUAUGCCUGAUACACUCCUGUAAGCCACCCAUGGACCCACAGGAAUGGCUGGGAAAGGUUACAGUCAUACUGAGGGGAGGACAGUGAAUGUCAGCGUGGCUUCACCAUUCCUCUUACCUGUGAAAAGGGGCUGCGUUCUUAUUGCUGACAUGUACCCAGCACCUCAAAACACACUAUCAAAUUCUACAACAUAGACCAAAACUCUUAUCUCCUAACAAGAAUUUACCUGUAACUGUGACCCAAGUCACCAAAAGUUGUCCCAAUCUCCUGUUCUCUUUCAUUUCUGCAACCACCCUCUGUUGGAUCUGUCUUCAUUUACUUCUACAUUUAACUAUUGUUGGAAUACUGUCUGUCUUUAGAAGUCAUUCAGUUGCUACAAGGUGCUUGAAGGUUACAUGGGAUGCUCCUGCUCAUCUGGUCCUAAAGUGGUAGCAUGCUCCCUUCCAAGGCCCCCUUCCCUUCACAGUUCAUUGUGAGAUUGGCUUGUGUUAGGUGCUUCUGACAACACUGGCCCUGGAUCUUCAUGCACAGAACAACAAGAAGGAAUUAAAUCCCAGUAUUAAAACAAUGAUUUCACUUUGUUCCCAAAGACACUGACAGGAUGUGGUCUUGUGAGAGGGACCACCUGAUAACAUUUGAAAAUGUGUAGGCUAUUUGGUUACACAGAAAGCAGAUAAAACUCACGGGAUUUAAACCUUCAGCGACCCCCAACGUGUCAAUGGGACCUCAUCUAGAUGACCAAAGACUCCAUGUGGUCCUUUAGAUUUCCUGUCAGCCUUAGCUACUGAAUUGAUUGAAAUUUGUGUUUCUUGAUUUUAGAAUCAACCUAGUGAAUACAGUUUGUGUUUCAAGAGAAUCAAAGACUUAAUUCCUCCCAAGUUAAUACAUCUAAACCUAAGCUUUUUGAUGUUCAGCUGUCUCAAUAUAUCAU